UUGUUGUUGUUUGUUAGGCAGAAACUCGAGACCUCGCUAACUGUGCCAGCGCAAUCGCCUGUACCGGACGAAUGACACUGCUUGCGCCCGGUGUACACACCACCUCCGACCCGAUCCCCUUCAUCGACAGUAUUGAAUGCUACUAAGUCAGCGGGAGUGGGAGGGAUCGAUCUGAUGUAUCAUAUGCACCAUACACCACUUAAUGAAAUAAUUGCCAAUAGUCGAUAAUUGCUUUUUUUCCUGUUGUGGAUGGGCUGUCGCUGGGAUGUCACUGUGGAGGCAGUUGACAUGAGGCCGUUCUCCAAGCUGCACUCACGUAUGCAGGGUCCAAAGUCAAGAAGGACAGGAUGCUGGGACAGUGGGUAAGUAUAAAAAGCUGCACAUUUGCCGUAGUAUUCACGCAGGCUUUCUUCACUCGAUGACUCCGUGGCUGGGGAUUUCGGUCCACGAUGCGUCUCUUCCAUACCCUCCUGUUGGCAGCCGCCGUUGCUUUGGCGGCGUCUCCGCCGCGGUGUCACCCCAAUGCGACGCAGGUUCGCCGCGAAUGGCAGGAAUUGAGUCCCUCCGAGCGAACCGACUAUAUCGACGCUCUCUGGUGCAUGCGCAGUCGCCCUUCGCGACUCCCCAACCAUCAAUUCCCCGGCGUGCGGGAUCGGCUGGAUGACUUUGUGACGACGCACAUUAACAACACUCUCCGAAUCCAUAACAACGGACUAUUGCUUCCAUGGCAUCGCCAUUUCACUUGGCUGUGGGAACAAGCGCUGCGCCAAGAAUGCGGCUACACCGGGGUUCAGCCAUACUGGAACUGGGCCCUGUACAUGGACGACCUCUGGACCAGCCCCCUCUUCGACAACAGCGCCACCUCCCUCUCCGGCAACGGCGUCUCCAACGCCUCGACCGCCGAACACCCCCCCCUCUGCCCCGCCAACCUCGACGGCUGCCUCCCCCCGGGCCACGGCGGGGGAUGCGUUACCGCCGGCCCCUUCGCGAACUGGACGAUCCACCUGGGCCCGUUUACGCGCGACUGGGUCAAAUCCUACGGCCCCCUUCCCCCAGACCCCUGGCACUACAACCCGCGCUGUCUGAACCGGAACUUCCGUCCGGAGGCCCUGCAGACCCUCAACAACCAGCAGCGCAUCGAUCGGAUGCUCCAUGCCCCGGACAUGGAUGCCUUCCUGAGCGUCAUGGACCCCGGCGACGCGACGCGCAUCGGGUCGCAUGGCGGCGGCCAUGCCACCGUCGGCGGGGCGAUGCUGGAUGUCUUUGCCAGUCCGCAUGAUCCGACCUUCUUUCUGCAUCAUGGCAUGGUGGACCGCGUGUGGACGCUGUGGCAGGAAGCCGAUUUCCCACAGCGGUGGGAUGCGCUGAAUGGCACCGCGGUGAUCUAUAACCCCCCGGACGCCCCGUGGGUGACCUUGCAUACGGUGAUGGAUUUUGGGGUGUUGGAUAGCCCGCGGAGGGUGGGAGAGGUGAUGGAUACGCGGUCGGGGCGGUAUUGUUACGCCUAUACUUGA